AUGAUGUGCAGCACAUCCACUCCCGAGUUGCACCGCCUAAAGGCGACACGUAAAUACAGUACCAAAGUGAAAACUGGGUGUCGGACAUGCAAAAUCCGGCGCAUCAAGUGCGAUGAAAGGAAGCCAACAUGUGCAAGAUGUACAAGUACGGGUCGCAAGUGUGACGGCUACACUCAAGAUGAAAGCUCUAACCCCCAAUCGCUCGUCUCCGGUCAAUCGUCUAGCUCCCUUAGCACGGUUACCAUAUUUUCCGGUCUUGGUGACAGUGCUCUCUACCUAGAGUUCUACUAUCACUGUGCCCGCCCCACACUUGCUAGCAACUUCGACCGCGAUUUUUGGUCUCACACGGUCCUCCAGAUGGCCCAAUCCGAGUCUUCAAUCCGACAUGCUGUUAUUGCAUUGAGCUAUCUUGUCAAGACUGAGCCGGGCAACUUGAAGCAAGCUCGCGCUGCCUCUUUGACUGAUAGUCGUAGGCCCCUCCUCCUUCAUUACAACAAAGCGGUCCGAUGCCUUGUCGAUCGGAUAGCUCAGUCCUCACACUCUGUAGAGGUUGGGCUCGUCGCUUGUUUACUCUUCACAUGCAUCGAGUUCCUGAGAGGUGAAUACCAUGUCGCGUUCACACACCUUUACAAUGGACUCAAGAUCAUUGCCGAAUGGAGACAACGACCCCUGUUCACUUUGAAAGAAGUUUCAUCAUCUCCGUCAUCUUCUGUUGCAAUUGCAGAAAAAGUGGAUGGGAGAAGAAGAAUUGGAGGUAACCUUGUCCCCAUGUUCAUCCGAGUUAUGGCGACUGGGUUAUUAUUUGGCGCCCCGUUUGAGCCACUCCUCGAUAAUCUUUGCCCACGCGCGCAGAACCUCAAAGGGUGUGCUUUCACGAGUGUUAUGGAUGCCCAACUCGCAAUCUAUGACCUUCGAAAUACGACUGUGGUUUUAGUCGGGGUGAUUACACAGAAGCUCUAUGCUGGCAUCUCACCAACAACCGAAGACUUACAAUACCACGCACAUCUUCUUACCUGCCACGAAUCCUGGUUUCAGGCCCUAACUAGCUUAGAAUGUGGAGGAGGGUUGUCGGCCGGAGACAGGAUUGUAGCAAGCUCACUCAAGAUAUCACACUACGCUACUUACAUCGCCUUGGCAGGGGCCCUGGAUGUCCACCAGAUCUCCUUCGAUGCGCACAUCGCUAGCUUCAAAGCAUUGAACCAGCAUGCGAAGAUCGUGCUCGACUCGAUGGACCUACCAACCUCUUCUUUGUCAGCGUCCGCUGCUACCCCCUCCAACUCGCCAUCUUCAUUCAGCGACAGCAAAACAUCGACACCCUCUUUACACGGAUCCAAGGCACCAGCCGCGCACUUUACAUUCGAGAUCUCAUUGAUCUUUCCACUUUACUUCGCCGUAAUGCGCUGCCGCUGCCCUACCACGCGCCGUGAAUCUGUCUCUUUCCUUGAAAGAAACCCCCCACGUGAAGCCCUCUGGGACGCCGAGCAGCAUGCUCUAGUAGCGAGGCGUGUCAUUGCCAUCGAAGAAAGUGAGAUGGAUGGCGAAACAGGCAGGCCGGUGCCAGCAACUCGGCUUGCGAACGCAGUUAUCCAUGGAGACAUGGACAAAAACGGCGGUUUCUGGGUUAGUUUCACGACGGCCUCGUGGAUCGUCGGGGGUCGCGUUCCACAAGAUCCUAGCCGCCACCGGGGUGAAAGCGAUCCACUGAGGGAAGAUUCAGAAUGGGAUGAGUGGUUUGUCAUGCCAACAAAAUAGAUAGUGUUCUAAUAAGGAUAAUACUG